GUCCAGAGCACUCCUUUUCACUUCAACGCGAUCCCUCAUUACCAUUUAUUUAUUAUUGUUUUUAUUUUUUAAAUUAAGGCUUAACUCUCUCACCUGAUUAGUUGUUCUAGAAUCUGAAGUAAUCUCCCACACAUUUCUUUUCUUCAUUGUGUACCGACCAAUUCUUCGUAUUCUUGUUCCACAUUGUAUCAAAACUCAACAUUAAUCAUGGGUCAUACUACACCAACAAUGGCUCCCCACAGAAAUGAUUCCUCCAACAAUCCAGCCGAAAGCAAUGAUCAAUCAUUUCAUUACCCUUUACAACUACAGGAAGCCGAAAUAACUACAGAACAGCAGUCAGCUGUAGCCUCAAAUCGAAUACCGUCUUCAUCUCCCAUCUCAUCACCACUUCCUCCUAGCUAUAGUGAUAGUAGCUAUGCUGCAGCUGCAGGAUAUGCUCAUCCAAACAAUAACCCACAGACCACUGGCAACCAUGCCCUGUCAAAUUCCUCAACCCCACUUUUCACUCUCAUCAACCUUCCUAAUCGGCUUGUGUUUGAUAACGUAUAUCUUAAUGGACUUCAUUCACUAUAUCGCUUCGGGAUCAAAAACAUAUCUCAAUCUGAUAUUGUUGUCAAGAUGCGAUCUAGUCUAGGGUCGCAAAUAUCCUUUCAGCUGACAAACGAAAACCUGCCGUUUGAUCCAGAUACUAUUGAUAGUACUUUGCAGACCAUCUCAACCAAUACUGCAGCAGCUGCAGAGGCUGGAUCAUUGACAGCGACUGGUCAUCAAUUCAACCAACUUUUCAAUCAUGUCAACUUAAUCGACGAAGUGGCCAUAGCUGCAGGCGAAACUGAAUACAUUAUACUUGGGUUCCUUCCUGAUCCGCGUGGCGGGAACAGAAGAGGCAAAUGGGACUCGAACUCUAUCAGCCUGGACACUGCUAAUGUAGGCUCUGGCAACGGUAGUACACAUGGCGAUGGAGUACAGAUUUAUGACGAGAACCGUCAACGUGACAUGUCCGCCAAUGGACUUGUGAACGGAAGCAAUAUCGAAAGUGACGAGUUUGAAAGUAAUGACCAGCAACUCGACAACUUUGAUUCUUUUGAAGUCAACGGACUUGUGUUCUUCUUUGGGUACAAGACUGCAAGUAAAUCUGAAGAUUCAGGCUCCACUAUAACAGAUAUUACACUCUCCAAUUCCCCACCAUCUAUUCAUGGGUUCCCCAGUGACCUUUUGUCCACAGUAAUGGUUACUCCAGGCACGACAAAUCAGAAUACAAUAGGUCCUUCACAUGAGGCUUCAUUAAAUAGUACAAACAUCGCAAUGAACCCCAUUACUACUGCAAUCACAACUAAUAAGGCGGACUAUCAACACACAGUUAAAUUCAGGUCUACAGUCUGUAAAUCAGUUUUGUAUUCCAAUAUCGGAGAAACCGGGAUCAUUUUUGAAGAUUGUGUAGCGCAUCAAGAAUCAGUCAAAGACUUUACGAUAUGGAACCGUAGUGAGAUCCCACUUUAUUGGCAAUUGAACGUUGUGGAUGUUGGCAGCACAUCACGGGAGAGUUGGUUGAAAUUUGUUGAUUAUGAAGACUCUUUUGGUGGAAACGACAUCAAGGAAGGCGUUGAUCAUGUGAAUGAUCAUGGUCAGGUUCAUCACUCAAGGACUAUACGCUCAAAGCCCAUUCAAAGUUACGGCUAUCGCAGGAUUCGUGUCAUUUUUCGUCCAGUCGAGAAUGGUGACUUUUUGUAUGAUUUGUUGCUAGAAAACCUAAAUGAUGCCACCAACAUUGAAGAGGCCAGUAUCCACGCUACAGUCCGGGCAGUUUCGAGAGGCGAGGAUACCCUCACAAUUUCGACAGGGAAUACAAUGGAUUUUGGUGACUGCUGCGCUGGAGUAUGGUCCCGACUGCCUAUAACAUUUAGUAACACGGGCUUGACACCAAUGGAGGUCCAUCUAAAUGUGGAAGGGGCAGAAGUGGUUUUUGAUAUCCAGACGGAGACUGGGACGGAAAUAUCAGAGCCCUCUCAGGACCUGACAAAGGAAGGGAAUUUUCUUUUGGAAUCAGAUUUACCGUCAGCAACUUGGCAUGAAAAUCCUCGGAGAUUGGAGUCGUCUGCGAAUAUGGAUCAUUUGGAGCAGAGCACAUCACCGCUGAACGUGAGUAGGAGUCGUCUUCGUGAUUGGAUGGAGGAUAGGGCCUACUCGCCAAGUAGCCUUGGCCAAACUCCUAUAUCACCGAGCCUUGCAGACUCUGGAGGAACUAAAGGCGACCGCAGUGGACGAGAGCAAGGAUUGGUACCUGAUACUGCACCUGCUUCUCCUGUUAAUUCUGAGGGGUUCUUUCCAGACAAUAUUCUGCAGAUCAACUCCAACGUGGAAAAAUAUCUUGCCAACCAAGAACAUGCACGAGCAUCGCGUGAAGGAACCGAGGACGGUCUUGAGUCAGAACCUGAAAACAGCAGCAUUCAGGAUUCCACUAAUUCUUCUAACGCGCUGGUCGGCCAAAAGAAACGCCUCAGUUUACGUUCCAUCUCAUUUUCUGGGGCUCAACGUGACAGGGAAUUGGCCCAGAGCCAAAUGCAUGGACCUAAGUCUCCUGUUCAUGGCAACCAGUCAAUGACCCGAAUCGAGGAGUUAUUCUUGAAACCAGGCAAGGAACGUACUGUUAUAGCCUCUUAUCGACCGGCUAGGGAUUCCUCGAUUGAAAAUUUUCAAGCUGGUAAAUUACUUCGAAAGUCGUUCCGUAUCAUGGUUUCGUAUGCGCCAUGGGUAGGCACAGCAUCAUCUGUACCAUUUUCUGAGAACCCUCAAAAAGACCGGAAGAUUAUUCAAUGCAAAGCUAGAGCUUGUACUUCUUUCGUGACUAUCGAGCCUAAAUCGUUGGACUUUGGCGAUACGGAUGUCGGGGCACUCAAAUCAUUGCCUAUCAAAUUAAUAAAUCAGUCCGAGAUCUCUGCAACCGUUCGGCUGGAUUUCCAGAGCAAAGUCUUGAACUGCUCACCUUCUGGGGCUAUCACUAUACCUGCAAAAUCCAGUACGGAACUCAAAUUGGAUAUUUAUCCACGCAAAGUCAAUCCAGAUUACAGGAAACAGCUUACACUUUUCAACCUGACCAAUAGAGCCAAUGAUCAGAUUAUUGAAGUCCGUUCAACUAACAUCGAUAAAAAUAGGGUUACUUUCCACUCACUAUUUUACCGGGUUCUCUAUCCAAGUGGAUCAAACUUUUUGGAUUUUGGCAAUGUAGUAGUCGGUGGUAUAAGCUUGCGGACUAUUGCCAUUUCAAAUUUCACUCGCAAGUGGCUUACUCUUGAGAUCACUACGAGUUUAGGCGGUGAGCUGACUGUGUACGAACGUGCCCGCGAUGCUCACGGGCAUAUCAAUAUAAAUGAUUUAAAUGGCAUGUUGACGAACAGCUUUGAUUCGCAGCCAAAAACCGAAAAUGGCGCUCCUACUACCGACCCUACAAUUAUAUCUAGCCGUGGAGCAGCGUCAUCACGUAUUGAAGCAAGCGGUGUAGGCAAUGUAGCAAAUGAUGGGCCCAGAACGAACCUUUUCAAACGACGCCAAGAUACUCGUGACCAACAUUCAGCAACGGGUUCAGAAUCGGGCACAUCUGGAGUUAUUGGAGGAGCUUCAUUAGCCUCUACCUUGGCUCUCAAAGCAAAGGCGAUUCUGUUUCAUGGCGAUGUUUCACAAACUAUGGGUACCUCUCCAGCAAAAUUUCUGGAUCUUGCCACAAGCAGGCCACGCGAAAGCAAGAAAAUUUUGAGACGGAUUCCCACCAUGAAAGAGCUUUUAGAGCCAACUUCCCGUUCUAAAUCUCUGUCAGCCGAACGAUCUAUAAAAGGAAUGGGUGGUAGUGUUACAGAAUCAAAUCGAACUCAAAGGAUACAUGCAAGUCUGCAUCAAACGAGUGGCACUACAGCGAGUGAUGGGACAUCUAAACGACAAGAUGGAUCGACAGUACUUUCUCAAAGGCAGCAUGACCAAAAGACGCCCCAAAAUGACGGGAGCGGUCAAGCUUCAGUGACUACGGAGCAACCAGAGAGCUCGUUUUUGAGCGAAAGAUCAUUGGACAGCGUUUUGUCUGCAAUGGAUAUUAACUCUGCACCUGGUGGAGCUAUGCUUUUUUUCAAGCCUUCGGAGGAAGAGCACUUUGUAAAAGAAAGAAUGAAGCUUACACAUGAGCUUCAGAACGCUAUAACUACUGGAGAGCUGACGCCUGUCUCAGUGGUCAGCGUCCCUCCUGAGACGGAGCAUCAGCUCAUCAUCCUAUUCACGCCAUCAUCGACCUUCCGCGACCAUAUCAAGGGUAUUCCUAAAAAGCAGGAUGCGCGCAUCUUUCUACGGCUAAUUGACUUCGACCAUGAGACCGUAGCGAGUCACCCGCAGUUUCGGCCACUACUUGAUAGCGAUCUCACACAAAUUCCAUUACGGGAGAUUGUAGUUCGCUCAUCUCUCGUAAGGAGCAUCAUGGAACUUGGUCAAAACAACAUCAAUUUUGGUACAAUGGACAAGGGUGACAGGCGAACAAAGACAAUUGUCAUUCAAAAUCGAAGCAAGGAACCAUUGCUUUAUCACAUUCGUAAAUCUGGCUCGAUUGCUUCAGGUGAUAUCCACUUAAUUAAUGGAAAGAGCGGUGUCGUACGCGGAUACAGCAAGAAAGAGGUUGAGUUUAUGUUUGAGCCAACUCUCUCAGGACCGUUUCAUGAGAAGCUAGCUAUCGAGAAUGUUCAAGAUCCAGACAGUAGCCGGGUCUUGAGUGUUAAAGCCAAUAUUCGUAAGCCCAAGCACUUCUCUAUCGAUACACAGGAGCUUGAUUUUGGUGUCUGUUAUGUCGGGAGAAAAACUGAGUCUAGGCGCAUAACUGUGACUAACUCUACCAAGCAAACCAGGACGUUUGAAGUCCGUGUGGAUCCUCAUGAAAUGAUGCCCCUUUCGACAGAAUCUCACCAUUAUGGGGGUGAGAUUGAUUUUACCAUGGAAGAUGAUCCUCUUGGUCAAGCAAUUGUCACUAAGGAGAUGGAAGAUGAGAUUGAAAUUUUGGAACAAAAGCUCAAAAUUGCAAAGAGGAAAGGCCGAGAGGAUAAGGUUCUAAAGGUGACAGCUCGGCUGAGUCUACUCCGAAAAGGCGGUGUCGAGGACAAAGCGGCAACUUCAAAUAUAUCAGCGGAUGAUGCCACUCCCACACAAGAGAAGGUUUUUGAGCUUCCGAAAACAGAUCUCAUUGACUCACCAAUAGCGGAUUCUCAAUCCAAAGGAGCCGGGGCCCAUACCGUUGGAUCGUCUACCACUGUCAUCGCUCCAGCAGCCAAAGAAACUCCAAAGUUCAAACGAACUGACCACUCGAUUGUUUUCACGUUGGAUGGCGGGAAAACAAAAUCAGUCUCUGUAUAUUUCACAGCCGUACGUGAUCAGACCCCUCUACCUGUAGGCACAACUGAAAAAGAUCGCUUGCGGCUACAAGGAAAAAUUUAUGUUCAUGAGCACAAGAAUCGGGAUAUUUGUCGCGAUGUUGCUUUCUAUGCAACUGUAGAGUGCAAGACCCCCGUCUGUUUGGAUAAUGAAAUCGACCAAGACGCUGCUGAUGUUAAAGCCGCAAAGAAGGCUGCGAAGAAGGCCAUUAAGCAUGGUGCUGAUGGGGUUGAUGCUUCUGCUAGAUUGGAUGCUAUCUCGCCUGAAAUGAAGGCACCUUCAAAUAAUGCAGCUACAAGUGAUACUUCCUCGGAGCAUAGCUCACCCACAGAGCAUCUUAUGUUGUCACCCAAACAGUUUGAUGGUGGAAAGAUAGAGCAUGGACAAAAGAGCAGUUUUUAUUUCACACUAUCCAAUUCUAGUGACGAUUGCUUACCUUUCAAAAUCGAGCUCAUACAGCCUCCUAGCCAUAGUUCGCGCUUUAUCUUUGAAGAAAGCGAGCUUUCAGGAAGUUUAGGUUCGAAGGAGGUUCGGAGAAUCACCUUUGAAUAUUCUGCUUCCGAUCUUGGUCGACUCCACGAUUCUCUCAAAGUGAUCAACCUGAACACCAACAAGUCUUAUGAGUACGUGUUCACAUGCUUCUCUCAUCGAGCUCAGUACCUCGCCUUCCCUUCCGUGGAUGAUUCUGCUACGUUAGACCUAGGACAUUGUUAUGUCGACACGGGCCGCAAGUAUUCACAAGUUACGCCACUGUUGGUUGAAAAUAUCACUGAUGACGACAUUUAUAUUGCGUGUGCAUCUAACUUAUCGCAGCAGGUUGGAAUAUACCUUGAUGAGCAAGCGGAGAAAGGUCAAGUCACAAAGACACUCUUAAAAAAACGAAGUAUGAUUACUGUGUGGGUUGCUGUUCAGCCAAAUUUACUUGGGGGAAUUGCUGGUGGAAGCACAGCCCGACGAACUACGACAGUUUCUGGCGCAGUAAACAAAGACCGAGAUAGCGAAUGUCGUACAUUGGUGGGAGGAAUCAAGUUUACAAUCUCGCUUCCAGAAGAAAUUCUGGUCUCAGCCGCGAGCAAUUCAAAGGAGAUGGAGGAAACGUUAACGCAGGUGUUUACUCAGACUGUCAAAUUCACAUCUAUCAUUGGGCGAUCGAUCCUCUCAGUUUCCGACACUCUUCUGAAUCUUGGAUGGACGCCUGAAGUCGGCAAGCCAGUCUAUGGGUCAUUUACGUUGCAAAACAUGUCAAGUCUGCUACCAUUAGAUUUUCAUGUCGAAUCUCUCUCCGGUAAUAUCAUACUAGAUCGAACAGGUGGCAUCCUUGAUGGUUGGGAUAUCGAUAAAAUAUCGCCCUCACAUCACUCUCGCUCUGAUAAGAGGCUGUCAGACGACUAUAAUAAGGAUUAUGGCGACCAAGACUCGACUGAGGUCGCGCCGACGGACCGUUCUCGUUUGUUGAUCAGCUUUCGCGUUACGGCAUCUGCGCCAGGGUUAUUCAUGGACACUAUCUUAGUAACUAAUGAGAAUAACUGUUCCCAGAAGAUUGAAAUCAAGGUGCGACUUUUUGUUGAUCCACGACAGCUCCUUACAAGCGCUCAUGGCCAAGGAUAUGCUUGUCCAAUGACGCUGGAAGAUCUAUCCGAGAUUCAGGAGGUCAAGCCAGGUGUUCCACGAGAAGGUCUUAGCCUUCCAAGCUUUACCUGGGAGAAUGUCUAUGUCAACGUUCACGAAGAGAGAAACUCGGAUGGAGGAGAGGCGCCGGUAUACGUCUCUUUUCAGCCUUCAUCUGAUGACCCACAAGCCCAUAUUGAAGAGAAAUGGAUCGAGUUCAUAAACGACAGUGAUGAGACGAUGGAGCUUGUUCCUCUCUCUGAUAUUGGGCUUGAUACGCUCUGGCAAGAUGUUGACAUCAAUUCAGGCUUGGAGACCUGGCCCAUUGGUGAAAGUGAGGCUGUAGGAAUAGAUGGGUUUCAUUUCUGUGGCUCCGUUGUGCGGGUGCCUCCAAAGGAAAAGAUUCAUCUUCUCAUUUCUUGCCCAUUACCCGAUCUACCUUCUAACGAUAUUGAGCGACUCCAGAAUGGUGAAAAUGUCUCAUUGUCCGGUAAUCUGAUGGUUAUGGACAGAGGCAAGAAGAAAGUAGUCAAGGUUCUUGGCCUGACAUCAAACGUUGGUAUCUCUUAUGGAACCGUCACACCUGUUAUGAUUGAACUUGGAAAAAUCGGCCAUUACAAUUCUUGGGAGAGAGCUAAGGGACGCUUCGAGGUUAGAAAUUCCAGUGACAUCCCACUUCAAUACGAAGUCCUCUUGGAGCCUUAUAUGGAGUUAUCUCUCGCAGAAAGUGGCGAUAAUAGCCGUGGGACUGAAUCUGCACACAAUUUGGCAACAAGGCGUACAGUUCAUGGACAUGGUAUUGAAUACUUUGAAGUGCUAUUGGAUCCAAAGAGGAUUGAAAAUUUUGAAAUAGGACGUCGAACUUUUCCAAUCAAGAUUUUCAACCUCAGAAACCCAGAAAACGACAUGUCUGUUAGUGUGGCCGCAGUUUUGACUGGGUUUGAAUUGGGCUUUGACCGACUUAUGGAUGGAAAGCUUGUUCUGCCUCCGUUGAUGCACCCUUUGCCUUCAACUGCUCUUCCUUGUGAUGCAUGGUUCACGAUCACCAAUAAAUCCUCGGAAGAUGUUAGGUUUGAAAUUGGAGCAACCCUUUCUCAAGAUGUUAUCGACUAUGUACAUUUAGAUGUCUUGUCCCGGUUUUCCAAUUCUCCACUCCGUGGUAUUAUUUCUCUCAGUCCUCGUGGAUCGAUCGAGGUACGCAUUCGAGCAUUUCCCAAAGAGGGGUCGCGGCUUCCUAGUGAUACUUCUGCUCUUUGCACGACAGAAGGACUUACCUUCGGAAACUUAUGGGUAUCAACCAAGCCUUCUAAUACAGAUGAUGAUUCGACUUCAAUGAGAUAUGCAGAAUCUAUUUCCAUCCGUGGCACCCUUGUUGAAGGAUCAAUGUUCUCACUUUCAACUCAAAGAAUCGUUUUCAAAAGCCUACUGGAGACGUCAGAUUAUGAAGGCGAGAGUGAUGAUGAGAACCUCUCGGCGCCAGACUCGUCACACAACGCUUCAUCAAGAGAUAUUUCCGACGAUGGAUCAGGCCCAAGUGCCCAGAAAGCAACCAUCACUAUUUCGAAUCUGUCUAUGAAUUUUCCUUUGGAGUUCCAGGUUGCUCUUGAAGGCCCUAUGGAAUAUCCUGCAGCGGAGAUAAUCAAAGUAACGCCAUUGGACUUUAACAAUCGUGGAACUAUCGAGGCGGGCCAGCAAUUCAAGUUGGUUGUAGAGCUGAUCGAUCCGCACGUAAUUAUCUCGGAAGAUAUCAAGCUAUAUGUCCGUAACCUUAACUCACGUCUUGGACAACAACAGCGUGUCUUGAUAAGCAUCUCCUCUGACAGCAGAGAGCACCGAAAGCCUAACAAGAGACAGAUAAUUGAGGAUGAACGUGUUGACCCACACCAUCAUCAAAACAAACUGGAAGAGACAUUCGUGACCAACACAAGUGUUAGUGGAUCUUUGUUGAUGCAGCCACAAGCUUCUACAGAUUUAGAGUCUAGUUUAUUGCAUCCUAUCAUCUCUUUGCGUGGUUGCAAACGCAUCGAUUCUAGCGAUUCGCAAGGAGGACGCUAUGAAUUAGAUCUCGGGCAACAAGAUAUGGGGUCUACAAAUGUUCUUCGCAAGAUAAUAUUGGAGAAUACGAACUUUGACCGCGUGUCUUAUCGUAUCAGGACCAUUUCAUCAUUAGAUAAAAAUUGGCUUAAGAUCAGCCGUCUAGAUGGCACACUAGAACCGCCUUCAGAGGAGCACUUGUCGAGUGGAUCAUCUUCGGUGCACACCAUCACACUUAGCUUUGCCACUAAUGUGCGCAAUGUGUUUUCUACAUACCUUCUAAUUGAGAAUGUGGAUAAUCCAGGAGACACAAAGACGGUGCGUGUGACAAUGGAAGUGGUUGCUCGGCAGAAUCUGAGGCGAACGACCAAGGGCAAUGAAGUCAGCAAUCGUGUCUUUGAUGUUUACGUAAACGGCAUUGACUAUAAGAAUUCUUCCUCUAUUGACAUGAAGAACCUGUAUUAUGGUUCUGAGUACACUGCAAGAAGCUUGGUUGUUUACAACCGCGAGACAGUUCCAAUGGAGUUCACUUUCAAAUCGAACUUGUCUCCCUCAGACAGUACUGAAAUUCUUUUUUCAACAUCUCGAACAUCUGCAAAGUUGUUCAAGACAUUGACAGUUCCAUCUGAAAACCAUGUCCGCAUUUAUAUUCGGUUUUUCCCAAAGCCAUCUACUGCUAUCCAAGCCGCUCUCGAUAACGGAGAAUACCGCGAUCCUGACGAGAUGGAGUUGAAGACUAUAGAAAUCUACAUCAAUUGCCGCCUGGUGAAAGAUUAUCAACACGUGGUUAUUCUGACUGCAGAGUGCUACCUACCUGCGAUUCGUGUGCAUUGGCAAGAUUCUGUCUCUUUUGUUGGCCACUUCAUACGAGAAACAGCACAGUCAUCAGAUAGUCCAGAUGAAUUGAAAUUGAGAAUCACGGAGGAUUAUAUGAUUCUCGGAAUAUCCAAUUUGUUAGGCAUCCCGUUGGAAUAUGAAAUCGUCAAUGAUACCAUGUACUUCAACCUGGAAUAUCCAGAACCGGACAAAAUGGUGGAUGGAUUUCAUAAACAUGAAAUUCGUGUUGUACCUAACAUGAAAGCCCUCUUGCGCAAUGCUGAGAAUUUUAGAAAGGAAAGAUAUGUUCAAGAGAACAUCACGAUCUACAAUCGAAAUAGACCAUUAGAAAACUAUUGGAUUCCACUGCGAAUCAGUUUUGGCAAUGUGUCUAAUUUCCAGCUUUCAUCUGGGUACAAGAGUUCAUAUGCGUUUGGCAUGAUUGAGCAGCAUGUUGUCAACUUCCUUAGCGAUUUCAAUAGCCAUGCGGUCUUAGUGACAAUGGGCAGUAGUAACGGCUGCUUCACAGGAGUUAACAGUACAUCAAAUGUCGGAUCUGGUCCUAAUAUAGGAUUCGGAGGAGCAAGCGGCCUUUAUCCUGCUUCUAUUGGACUUGGUCCUGAUCGCGGAAUCAGUCCAUCGAGCUUGGGGUCGAACAGUCCAUGUCACUCUUCAUCACCUACGCUACUGAUGAAUGGAGGCAGCGGACUGACGACACUUAUGGCGACUUCUCCAUCAUCUGGACCAGUCGCAGGAAUGCUAGGAUUGGGGCGUAGGGCAUCACCACUAACAACAUACCGUCCCCCGUCCCAUCAUCCUCAUUAUCAGAGCACCGAAGCCCAAGAAACACAGCGUAAAUUGAUCGAUUUGGAGUUCCAAUAUCGAUACGUGGUGGAUCAAUUAGUGUAUUACAGUACGAUCAAGACCGGAGAGAAUUUUUUCCAGCUAGCAAGUUUACUAUUCUGCACGUUACUCAGUAAUCGCAUCUUUCAGAUAUGGUCACCCGCAUAUUUGAAGGAUCCAAGGAAGGCAGGAUCAAGCACAGGUACAGGCACGACUGGACCUGCUGUAGGUUCAGCAAAUUUGGCAGUGUCAGGAACUGUAGGAUCCGUGACAGCUGAUUAUGAUGGGAACGUAGAAAGAGCGCAGGUUCAGACAGGGGCGAAUGGAUUUACGAUCCAAGGUGGCCACCACCGGCAACAAGAUGAGACAGAGAUUCGAGUGUGGCCAGAUUCUUUACGCAAGUGGGUAGAAGCGCUGGACUACUUUGUGUCAUUCUUUCCAUAUCACGCGCGUCAACUGGAGACUCUUAAGGCCUUACAUCACAGCCUGAUCUCAUCGUAAUUGUGGAGAAAGAGUUGCUAAAGCGCAAAAUUUUGAGCAAUAGAUAUACAAAGCCAUUCAAGAUAGAUCAUUAGACCUGUCCAUUUACACUCUGGAAUGAAAAGUUAAAAUGUACUUGUCUACAGGCAAAUGAAUGAGAG